UUAUGGUGUUAUUAUAAACUUUAAAAUAGAAUAUUUUAAAAUUACUACAAAAUUCAAUACUUAUUAUUCAACAGUUUGCUGAUUUUAAAUAUGGCAAUAUCAACGAAUUAGAGAUUUGAAAGAAGUCGCCUUCCAAAUGUCAAUUUUUGUUUGAGCGGUCACAAAUCAAACAAACCUUUUGUUAUCAAGAAAUGUCAUGUUCAGUUAAUAUUUUCCACAAAAUUUUAUUUAUAAGCAAAAUGUGAUUUAUUGUUUACAAAACUAACGAAUUGAAAACUUUGCUGGUUAAACUUAACGUAAAUUUAUAAAAAUACGGUGGAAAGUAGUGUGAAAAGCGCGAAGUACCAAAUAAAAGUGAAAUUAAGUGAAAAAAGUAUAGUGCAAAGAUGGAACAGGUCGAUUCUGCUGAGCUGCAUCUAGGCAGGAUACGAGAUGUAAAAGACCUGGGUGUUCUAAAUGACGAAGCGCGCGAUGUUGUGAAAGAAGAGGUGAUUUUGGAAAGUUCUGGUCACCAGCUGGAUACUAAAGUGCGAAUGGUGACCUCUAAUGAGAAUAGCGGCGGCAGUGGAGGUGUGGUCUCGGUACCGGUGUCCCUACCAAUAGGCUCUAUGAUCACAGGAGCAUCAUUUAAUGUGAUCACACCGGAUCAAUUACCGCAUUUUAAGCAAAUGCUUUGCGUCGAUAACGGUUAUAUAUCGAGCAGCCCUGUUGUAGGCAGUAUGGGUGGAGAUUUGAAGACAAUUGUCAUCCAGCAAACGACCGGAGGCGGAGGUGGUGGAAUGGGUAUCAAUCACGACGGAUCUGGCAGUAAUAACAGUCAUGAUAGUACUGCAACCAGUGAACACCCUGCUCAGGGUGCUGGUUCAGGCUGUGGAUCAGGGACAGGAGUGAAUUGGGCUGAAACAACCCAUAUGGAGGUUUUUCCAAUUCGUUGCAAGACAACCAGCGCUGAUUUGUACCGUAGUAAGUUGGGAUCUGGAGGUCGUGGACGUUGUGUCAAAUACAAGGAUAAAUGGUAUACGCCCAGCGAAUUCGAAAAUGUUUGUGGACGUGGGUCGAGUAAAGAUUGGAAGAGAUCCAUUAAAUAUGGUGGAAAAUCCUUGCAAUCCUUAAUAGAUGAUGGAAUUUUGACACCACACGCAACAAACUGCAGCUGCACCGUUUGUUGCGAUGAUGAAGCUGCAUCUGGUCCCGUUCGUUUAUUUACUCCUUAUAAACGUCGGAAGCGAAACCAAACCGAUCUUGAUGUUGAUGCGGUACCGAAGCGAAAGCGCAAUAACAACCCAAACAACAGUAAUAAUAACGUGGAACCGCCACCGACUGCAACUGUGGUUGAUGAAAAUAUCUUCUUAACUGCUGAAGAUAAUAUCACAUCAAAGGACGAACCCUGGCCUACAUUAAAUGACAGCCUUGAUACAUCGACCGAACUGGUUGAUCAAACUCAAAUUAAUCCCUAUGAUCGGGAGACAUACGUAGUUAAUAUAAAUGACACUAGUUCAAUUGCUUUGUUGGAUAAUAGUCAAGCAAUGAAAAAUCUGGAGAAUGUCUAUUGCACAAUGGUGAAGGCCACAAAUGAUUUCAAACGUAUUCUGACCGAUUUAAAGAAUUCAUACGAUCGAAAGAUCGAAAUUCUUCAAAAGGAGCGUGAUGCAGCAGUGUCCGCCAUGCGAAACCUUGAAGAUCCAAAUAUUUCUGGUUCUUUGCAUGGAAACGAAAUAAUUUCGGCAAAAAAGUGUGCUAAUUGCAACAGAGAAGCUUUAGCCGAGUGCUCGCUUUGUCGAAAGACUCCAUAUUGCUCUGAAUUCUGUCAACGAAAAGAUUGGAACGCUCAUCAAGUGGAAUGUACAAGGAAUCCUGCUCAGACAACAACUCAACAAAUAAUGCUGCUCGUAGAUGAGCAGUCCUAAGCGAAUUGUACAUAAUAAAGUAUACAUAUUUUAAUUCUUUAUACAUCUGAAAAUUAUAAAAGAAGAAGAAUAGCUAAAAACCGGAUAAUGCAAAAGCUAAUUAAAUACAAACAUAAAAUAAAAAAUUUAUUUAAACCGCAACACGAAGUAAAGUGAAAGCCAACAUCCAAAAAGGGCAAAAUACAACAAAAACAAACAAUUAAAAAAAAAAAUUGAAUAAUACAUAUUCGUCUAUGUAUACAUUUUCAUUAGUUUCUAAGCACAUAGUUAAACUUUUAACAUUUUAUUAUUUUAUGGAUAAAACUGCCGUUACAACAUCUAAUAAAGAUUUCAAAAUCAAAUUCGUAAACAUAAGUGUAGUGAAAAAACAAAAACAAAAUAAUAAUAAUGUGUUUUGUCCAUGGCACUUGAAAUCUUUAAAUUUGGGUGUGUAAUGGUUAAAAUGAUUAAAUUGGAAAUAAAUACCCUAGACGCGA